UGGUCGCUGGGUAGCGCCAGUAGUCGUUUAAACAUGGCGCUCUGCUACGCGCAAUGCGUUUUUGAUUGAAAGCUUGUAAAUGUCGUAAAUAUUGAUCAUAUUCAGCAGCAUGGAUGCACCACCGCCGCCGCAAGAUCAGGAGCUCCGCAAUAUCAUCGACAAACUGGCCCAGUUUGUCGCCAGGAAUGGUCCGGAGUUCGAGCAAAUGACCAAACUUAAACAGAAGGACAAUCCCAAAUUCUCGUUCCUCUUUGGUGGGGAGCACUUCAAUUACUAUCAGUACCAAGUGACCACUCUCCAAGCAGCUAUGAAACAAAAAGAAGCACAAGCCACAAUGGGUUCGCAACCUGCACCAGCAGCACCAAUUCAGACAGGGAUGCCGCAGGUGCCACAAGGGUUGAUGGUGACACCCGCUGGAUUAGCUGCACCCCAGGCCACGGCUUGGCAGACAGGAAUGCCACCCGUGGCAGCUAUAGCUCAAAUUCAGCAGCAAAUUCAAGAAUUGCAGGACCAAAUCCGACAGAGCGAGCAGAAUCUCGCUGCCCAACAUCAGGUUUUAUUACAGCAGCAGCAGGUUCAGUUAGACGAAGCAAUCAGAAAAGCGCAAGAUGAUAAGCUAGCGUCACAAGCUAGUGAAUGCGACAUUGAUAUCGCUGAACUCGAUAAAGUCCUACAGCCUAUCAUUGAAUCUUGCACGAAAGAUGCCAUAUCGUCUGGGAAAGGCUGGAUUUUCUCACAUUCCACAACAACAGAGAGGAAUGAUCUGAUAUGCCAAUACCUUCUCAAAAAAGUGACAGUGCCAGGAGCUGCAUUUGACAUGAAGCUUCACAUUGUAUAUCUCAUCAACGAUGUCCUUCACCACUGUGUGCGCAAGAACGCGGACGAGCUAAAACUCGCGCUCGAUAAAGUCGUAGUUCCCAUCUUUUGUACAACGAGUAUUGGUGUUGAUGAUGACAAAGGUCAAAAGUUAGCGAAGUUGCUAAAGCUAUGGGAGACUAACAAGUACUUCGAACCACCUGUCCUCGAACAACUGAAGAACCCUGCCAUCUCCAUUGCCAACUACCAAGCAAGCCUCAUUACGGAACAUGCAUCUGUGAUCACAGCGGUCACUGCAGGGGUUCAGGCAAAAUACGUCCAACUGCAGAAACAGCACCAAGAUUUUGUGACUCAUUUGACAACAAGGAUUCAAGCUCUGCAACUUGGACUGAUGCAGAUGCCACCAGCAAUGCUACAAACUGGCCUACAGCAGCCACCACCAGUAGCCCAACAGCCAGGAACCCCUGCCCCACAGGUGUCCACUCCACAAGCUACAGUGCCACCGCAAGUUAACCCCAGUCAACAAGCACAGCCAGGGGCGGGUACUACUCCAGCUCCCAAUGCAGUUCAGCAGGCACAAGACUCUGUUAUGGCAGAAGCGGUUGGGAAUAACGAUUCUGAAGCACAGCAGCAUAGACAACCUGGUGGAGAUGGCCCGUUGCCAAUGAGAGAUGGUCAUAUGCCUCCUGAUGACCAACGGGCACCUCAUAACAUGCAUGGAGGAAUGCAUGACAUGCAUGACAUGCACGACAUGCACGACAUUCCACCUCGUGAUAUGCCACCACGUGACAUGAUGGGAGGUAUGGGGCAUCCAAAUCAUGGAGGCUAUGGAGGUCGUGGGCCGAACAUGGAUGCGGGGCCAUACCACGGAGGGCCCCCGAUGGGUCGCCAUCCUGGAAUGGGGGGACCCCCAUACAUGGGGAAUGGUCCAUCAGGGUACAAUCAGUCUCAAAUGUAUGGACCCCAUCCUCCUGGGGGCUUUGGAAGGCAUGGUCCACCGCCACCCGAUUACAUGUCGCCCCACGGUGGGCCCCCAGGGUAUGGGUGUGGAGGGCCUCCACGGCAUCCUAUGCAUGAUUUUGACUAUGACCCUCGAGAUGACUACUAUGACGACUACGACAUGGACAGCAAGUUUAAUGAAACAAGAGACUAUAUCAGUGAUCUGUCCGAGGAGCCUCGAAUGAUCCAACCUGAUAAGCCUGAUUUCUAUUCAGGACCUGGACCUGGACCUGGGCCCAGCCCUGGAAUGGGGCUUCCAGAUAUUACCAAGCCGCCACCAGGGUUCAUGCAAGGCGACAUGUCUGAGUGCUUGAUACCCACUGUGCCCUACUUUGACCUGCCUGCUGGACUCAUUGUACCACUUGUGAAGCUCGGUGACUGUGAUUACAAGCCAAUGGACCCUAAAGAUAUCCGCCUGCCCCCUCCGGCGCCCCCAAGUGACGCUUUGCUUAAUGCAGUGGAAAUGUUCUAUGCUCCUCCAAGUCAUGAGAGGCCCCGUAACAGUGAGGGCUGGGAGCAGCUUGGUCUCUAUGAGUUCUUCAAGGCAAAGAGUCAGCACACAAAGAAGAGAUCAUCCCAUGACUCAGAAGGAAACUCUGAAGAGGAGUCCCCAGACAGAAAUGAAGACAAUCGUAGGUCUCCAGUGCGAGAUGAACCCCUACCACAAAGAAGGCGUUACAGAGAAAGCAAAAGCCCACCGCCUGUCAUAAAAGAGGAGGAGGAUUUCGAAAGGGAAAGAAGGAAGUCCAAAAAGAAAAGUCGAAGCCGCAGUCCAACUCGGUCAGAUUCCAGAUCACCACCACCGCAUCGCCACCGUCAUCGUAGGUCAUCUUCAUCUCGAUCACGAUCGAGGUCACCAGGAUCGCCAGUUGUGCGGAAACGCUCUCCUGAGCGCAGUCCCACUCCGCCGUCAUUUUUUGGUUCAUCAUACGGUGGUGAUCCUACCCUUUCGAGGCUGGAUGAGUCAAAUAAGGGACACCAGCUCCUGAGGAGAAUGGGCUGGGGAGGAGCAGGUCUCGGAGCUGCUGAGCAGGGCAUUCAAGAUCCCAUUCAUGCCGGCGACGUCCGCGACAGACAAGACAUGUACAAGGGCAUCGGAAUCAGCCUGAACGACCCGUACGAAAGCUUCCGCAAAAGCAAAGGUCAGGCCUUCAUCAACAGAAUGAAAGCGAGACAAGAAGAGUUAGGAGGGGUAGCUGGGAAGUGAUUGCGCUAUUGCCUCUGGUGUCUGAUUUUGUAUUUAAAGAGUGGAAAAACAGAUAAGUUGUUGCCUCCAGAAUGCACGGUCACCUGGAUGGCAGUGAUGUUAAUGUAAAGCCGUGGUCGGCACCCGUAAGAGGAAUAUUUUAAAGCAGUCAUUUUGCUCCCGAGGCAAUGAUGUCAUCUUGUGUACAGUAUACUUCCAUGAAAGAGGACACAUCGGCUCAUGUUUGCAGCAAAGUACUUAGAAGGCAAUGUAAUUGUUGGUUUGAAUUACAUGUAUCUUUCAGUAGUACGAGUUGCCUCAUCAGUGUUUCAUUGUUGACUAAAAAAAAACUUGCCACCACAUUUUUAUAGUUUUCUGUGAAAUAGUGUUGAAAUAAAGUGUUGCAGCCAUUUUUAUCCAGGUGAAGUGUACCAGGAUGCCAUCUUGUAUCACAAACAAUAAACUGCACCAUGAUUAAC